CACACCGCCGCAGAUCGCAAACAGAAAAGAUGAAGUUGAGCGUGGCUACCCUCUCAGCUUUGGCUUCUUUGGCCACUGCAGUCCCUCAUCGGCGAAGUACUGCACAAUGGAACCAAAUUCGCUCGAAUAUCAAACAUGUUGUCUACCUGAUGUUGGAGAACCACUCGUUCGACAACAUUGCGGGUUACUGGGACUUCCACCCUGACAUUGACAACCUGCGCAACAUCGACUACUGCAACGAGUACACGAACCCCAACUGGACGGUCUGGGGCGAGCCGUUGAAUGUGUGCGCGGCGCCAUUUGAGACCGAGGUGCCUCUGACGGAUCCGGACCAUAAUUUUGCGGGCGUCACCUACGAGAUCUUCCGCAAGUGGAACGUUACCAAGGAUGAUGUCCCCAAUAUGGGCGGCUUCAUUGAGCGUCAGUCGGAAAAGUAUAGUGCCACGCCGGGCGAAUCCAGCUUCGUCAUCAAGGCCUACGACGAGAAGAAGACGGCCACGCUGGCAGAACUGGCCAAGAACUUUGCCUUUUGGGAUAGCUACCACGCCGAGCACCCCGGACCUACCAACCCCAAUCGUCAAUUUGCUACGUCUGGCUCCACCUGCGGCAUGGUCGACAACACCUACCAGGCUGCUGGCUGGUAUGCGAACUACACCGGUACCACGUGUGCCACCUCGAUCUUUGAGUCGCUCAGCAACAAGAACGUCACCUGGAAGAACUACUACGAGACCGACAUUGUCGAUGCGUACAUGUACAAGUGGGUGCAAGACAACGCCAUGGACCGCCUGGUCCACUCGGACCAGUUCUACCGCGACCUCGAGGAGGGUACCCUUCCGCAGUUCUCGUACUACAACCCGGAGUGCUGCACCAUCGAUUCAAUGCACCCGACCAGCAACAUGGCUUCGGGCGAGCAGUUGAUCAAGCAUCUGUACGAUGCGGUGCGCAAGUCCAAGUACUGGGACAACGUGCUGAUCGUCAUCAACUUCGACGAACAUGGUGGUUUCGCCGACCACGUCCCCACGCCCGUCAACAUCCCUGCCCCCGAGGAUGGCAUCACCUUCUCCGGGGAAUCGGACGGCCACAAUGUGACCUACGAUUACACCCGUCUGGGCGUUCGUGUCCCGGCCUUCCUCAUCUCCCCCUACAUCCCCGCCAACACCCUUAUCCACGACCAAGGCACCAGCUACGCCAAUAACUCAGCCUACACCCACACGUCGAUCCUGCACUUCCUGCAGGAGCUCUGGGGCUUGGACGGGCUCAACAACCGGGUGCAAUGGGCCAAGACGUUUGAAUAUGUGUUCAGCAGCACCAAGCGCGAGGAUACGCCGGAGAAGCUGACGACUCCGACCUGGUACGGGAGCAGCUGGGAGCCCAAGCCGGAUCCGUUCUACAAGCUGAACCAGGACUACGAUUAUUACGAGGAUAUGUAGAUAUGAGGUGAGCAUGUGAUGAGUAUAUAUGAGUUGGGGGAACGGAGUGACAUAAAAAGGAUAGGUCCGGAUGCAGCUGGGAAUAAUAUAUUG